CCGCAUAGGGUCUACUGUUUAAGAGAAAGGGAGUUCUCUCUUUCACUCCCUCUCUCUCUCCCUGUCGCUCUCCGUCUCUUUCUCUCUCACUCUCACCCUCUUUCUCUCUCCUCACUGGCUGCACAUCAGCCGGCUCUCUAGGUAGACUCGAGUAAACACUCUACGAGAACAGAGAGAAGAGGGAAGAUGACAGAGCUGUCAGCACUCUGAGAGAUACAGACUGGUGAGAACAUUUGCCAGGGCUGCCUGAUAAGACUCUGUUACUGCUUAGAUUUUCCAAUCAGAGGAGAGCAUUGUGUGUGAGGACUCAAGACCAGGACACCCAUUUGAUAUUCUCCACUCCAGCUGGUUCUUUACCAGAAGACACGGAGCCAGGGUGUCAUCAUGUGGAUAAAAGGCUUUGUUUUAGGCUGCGUGACUGUGGCACUGCUGAUUCAGCUUUCCACAGCCGGCCUGGUGAGGGUCAUCCGCCACCGCAGAGAGACCCUGAUGCCCAAGAAAAUACAGGAGAACCUCACCCUGCCCCACCCUGACCAGCCCGUAGUGUUCAACCACGUCUACAACAUCAAUGUCCCAACCACGUCCCUCUGCUCUGUGGAUCUUGACUCGCCCGUAGGCACAGAGCUCAAACACAAGUCAAACCCAAUGGACAUGCAGAACACCGAGCACAUGGAGCAUACUGUGGAUGGCGACAAUCAGAUUGUUUUCACCCACCGCAUCAAUAUCCCCAAGCAGGCAUGCGGGUGUAACAACCAGCUGCCAGACAUCAAGGAUAUCCUGAACAGGCUGGAGAUGCUUGAGUCAGAGCUGUCUGGUCUGAGAGAGCAGUGCAACAGCGGGGCAGGAUGCUGUGGAGCUCAAGUUACAGGUGAAGUAUCCACAAAGCCCUACUGUAAUGGCCGUGGGAACUGGAGCACUGACACUUGCAGUUGCACAUGUGAGCCAGGAUGGAAGGGUCCAAACUGCACCGAACCUGAGUGCCCCAACGACUGUCAGGACCAGGGCCGCUGUGUAGAUGGCAAAUGUGAAUGCUUUGAGGGCUUUGGUGGGGAUGACUGUGCUAUUGAGCUCUGCCUGCUGGACUGUGGUGACUAUGGCCACUGCAUCGGCGGCUCCUGCCUAUGUGAGGAGGGCUUCCUCGGUUCGGACUGCUCCCAGACCAACUGCCUGAACAACUGUCUGGGCCGUGGACGCUGCGUAGAGGAUGAGUGUGUUUGCGAUGAACCAUGGACGGGCUUCGACUGCUCCGAACUCAUAUGCCCAAAUGACUGCUACGACCGCGGACGCUGCAUUAACGGCACCUGCUUCUGUGAUCUGGGCUACGCUGGGGAAGACUGCGGCAAUCUCACUUGUCCUGGCAACUGUAACAAUCGUGGCACAUGUGUGAAUGGCGAGUGUGUUUGCCAGACUGGCUACAGUGGAGAGGACUGCUCAAAGCUUACUUGUCCCGCAAAUUGCAACGAGAGAGGCCAUUGCUUCAAUGGGAAAUGCAUCUGUGAUCCAGGAUUUGAGGGUGAAGAUUGCUCCAUUCUUUCAUGCCCUGACAACUGUAGCAACAGGGGCAAGUGCAUUAAUGGAGAAUGUGCAUGUGACACAGGAUACGAAGGUGAGGACUGUAGCGAGCUGUCCUGCCUCAACAAUUGCCAAGACCGGGGUCAUUGCAUUGAUGGACAGUGCAUAUGUAACAAGGGAUACACUGGGGAAGACUGCAGUAUCAAGACAUGUCCAAAAGACUGCAUGGGACGUGGAGAAUGCAUUGACGGCAAGUGUCUAUGCUUCGCUGGCUUCACAGGUAAAGACUGCGGUGAGCUGACCUGUCCGAAUGACUGCUUGGACCAUGGUCACUGCGUGAACGGACAAUGCGUUUGUCAUAAAGGUUUUGCUGGUGAGGACUGCAGUGAGAAGACGUGUCCCAAGAACUGUCUUGACAGAGGUUACUGUGUGGAUGGCAACUGUGUGUGUUACGAGGGUUUCACAGGACUGGACUGCUCCACACUGACCUGUGCGGGAGACUGUCAGAACCAGGGACGCUGUGAGAACGGAGUGUGCAUCUGUGACGAGGGCUUCAUUGGAGAGGACUGCUCUGAGGUCUCACCACCCAAGGACCUAAAAGUGAUCGAGGUCACCCCUGAGACAGUGGACCUGUCCUGGGAAAAUGAGAUGCGUGUUACAGAGUACCUGAUCACCUACGUGCCCACAGCCCUAGGAGGCCUGGAGCUGGACAUGCGUGUGCCCGGGGAUCAGAAGGUGGCCACCAUUCGGGAGCUUGAACCUGGCAUUGAAUACCUGAUCAGUGUCUAUGCUGUUCUUAGCAACAAGAGGAGUGUUCCUGUCAGUGCGAGGGUGGCCACACAUCUGCCUGAGCCUGAAGGACUCAAGUUCAAGUCAGUUCGGGAGUCAUCAGUGGAGGUACAGUGGGACCCACUGGACAUUCCCUUUGACGGAUGGAACAUCAUCUUUAGGAACACAAAAGAGGAGGAUGGUGAGAUCCUUAACUCCCUUGGCCGUCCAGAGACCACCUUUGAGCAGUCGGGCCUGGGCCCUGGCCAGGAGUACGAGGUCAAACUGGAGGUGGUGAAGAACAACAAGCGUGGACCGCCUGCCUCCAAGAACGUCGUCACAAGGAUUGAUGCCCCCAGUCAGGUGGACGUACGUGAUGUGACAGACACCACAGCGCUGGUGACCUGGUUCCAGCCAGUAGCCCAUGUUGAUGGCAUCAGCAUCUCCUAUGGGCCCAGUUCAAACCCUGCUGACCGCAGCAUAGUGAAACUGUCCUCCACUGACACACAGUACCACCUGGGUGGCCUCACCCCCGACACCCAGUACGAGGUGUCUCUGACAGCAGGGAUGGGAGAAAGGACCAGUAUUCCUGUUUAUGAAUCUUUCCUAACAGACCUGGACGCCCCCAGAGACCUGCAGACGGUGGAGCUGACAGACGAAAGUAUCACCCUUGAGUGGAAGAACAGUCAAGCUCACGUGGAGAACUAUCGCAUCAAGUACGGACCUCUGUCUGGAGGCGAUCACGGAGAGAUGCUCUUUCCUCCAGGACCCAAAGAAAGCACCCAGGCCAAGAUCACAGGCCUGAGACCUGGCACGGAGUACGGGAUGGGUGUCACAGCGGUGAAGGAUGAGCGGGAGAGUCUGCCCACGACCACCAACGCAGUGACUGCCCUGGAUGCUCCCAAGGACCUGACUGUGACAGAGGUGACGGAGACCACGAUUAUGCUGGAGUGGAAGCGCCCGCUGGCCAAACUAGACUCCUACAGACUGGUCCACGUCUCGGCUGACGGCCACAGGGCUGAGGAGGUGGUCCCAGGCAGCUCUGAGUCUCACACCCUGAGGGGCCUGACACCUGGCAUGCUCUACACCGUCAGCAUCAUCGCUGAGCGCGGCCGCAGGACCAGUGCUCCGGCAACCAUCUCUGCGCCCACAGAGGAGGAGAAGCCUGUGGUGACCAAUGUCACUGUCAGCGAUGUGUCAUGGGACAGCUUCCUCCUGUCCUGGUCUGCUGAGGAUGGGAAGAUUGAGGCCUUUCUGAUCGAGGUUACUGAUGCAGAAACGGGUGCUAAGUGGCAAAACCACACGGUGCCUGCUGAUGCUCGCAGCCUCGCCAUCUCUGGCCUCUCCCCUGCCACCUGGUACAGGGCCAAUCUGUACGGGGUGUACAGGGGGACAAUCUUAGAUCCUGUUUUUGCAGACACCAUCACAGAGGACGAACCGGAGGUGCAGGCUCUCCUAGUGUCCGACGUCACCCCUGACAGCUUUAGGCUGGCCUGGAUGGCUGAAGAGGACGCCUUCGACACCUUUGUCAUAAUGGUCAGCCAGGCUGAGGGCCCAGCCCAACCGAGAGAACUGGUGCUGGGCAGCGAAGAGCAAAGCGCUGCAAUGACAGAGCUCACUGAGGACACAGAGUACAAAAUUGAAAUCUUUGGGCUUGUUCUGGGAAGACGCUCCAAGUCUGUAUUCGAGUGGGUGAGAACAGAUCUGGGCUCACCCAAGGGCAUCCGCUUCUCUGAUGUCACCGACACAUCCGCCACUGUUCACUGGGCAGUUCCAAGAGCUCGGGUGGACAGCUACAGGGUCACGUAUGUGCCUGCUCAUGGAGGUAAUGCUAAGACACUGACGGUGGGUAACUCAGAGUCUCACACCGUGCUGCCCAACCUGACACCCGGGGUCACCUAUGAGGUCACUGUCGUCGCUGUCAAGGGUCAGAGGGAGAGUGAGCCUGGGUCAGACAGUGUCACCACAGAUGUGGAUGCUCCUCAGGAUCUGGCAGCCAGUAACAUCCAGACAGAGAACUGCAUGCUGACCUGGAAGCCGCCCCGCGCUGACAUCACCGGAUACAUCCUCAGCUACGAGUCCGCAGACGGCAUCAUCCGGGAGGUGGUCCUGAGUCCCACUGCUGUGUCAUACAACAUGGCUCAGCUCAGCGCCUCCACAGAGUAUUCAGUCAGGCUGCAGGCCAUCGCUGGUCCCAAGAGGAGCAGAGUCAUCUCCUCUGUCUUCACCACCACUGGUGUGCUGUACAGAUACCCCAGGGACUGCUCCCAGGCUCUGCUGAAUGGCGACACCUCAUCCGGCCUGUACACCAUCUAUCUGGCGGGAGAUGAGAGCCAGCCCCUCCAGGUCUACUGCGACAUGAGCACCGAUGGAGGCGGAUGGAUUAUUUUCCUCAGACGUCAAAGCGGGAAACUGGAGUUUUUCCGUAACUGGAAGAAUUACACCGCUGGCUUCGGAGACAUGAACGAUGAAUUCUGGCUGGGUCUGUCCAACCUACAUAAGAUCACAGCUGGAGGUCAGUACGAGCUGCGGGUAGACCUGAGAGACAAGGGUGAAGCAGCCUACGCUCAGUACGACAAGUUCUCUGUGUCUGAACCUCGAACCCGCUACAAAGUACACGUAGGAGGAUACAGUGGAACAGCAGGCGACUCCAUGACCUACCACCACGGUCGUCCGUUCUCCACCUACGACCAUGACAACGACAUCGCCGUCACCAACUGUGCCCUCUCCUAUAAGGGAGCCUUCUGGUAUAAAAACUGUCACCGUGUCAACCUCAUGGGACGAUAUGGAGACAACAGUCACAGCAAGGGUGUGAACUGGUUCCACUGGAAAGGCCACGAGCACUCGAUCGAGUUCGCCGAUAUGAAGAUCAGGCCCUCCAACUUCAGAAACCUGGAGGGGAGGAGGAAACGAUCAUAAAUGACCCACCAUUAACAACAACAUCGCUACUUCUCUGUCUGGACUCCCCCCCCCCCAACAAAAAAAAAAAAACCCAUCUUGAAUACACACAUCCACCCAUCCAUCCACCCAGCAGCAACCAAAGCACUGCCAAGAGCCCUGCUGCCUCCGCACGAAACCAUAUUCCCUCCCAUUUGCUCAGUGAUCAGCCGUGACUCUACGACACCUCCGGCUGUGGAAAUCGUGGCGAUGCUGAAAUCAACGUGCAUGUUACAAACUGGAAUUAAAUUCAAGCCCACGCAGAUUCAACUCACGCACCAAAGAGAGCAGAAACCACUCCACCUCACCUGAUUCUGGCCCUCUCUCUCAUGUUGCAGCAUUUGUGGGUAGGCGUGAGCGCAGCUCGGGUAGUUUUUUCUAUACGGUUCACCAAUGUCACAUCCAAGUUUGGGGUUUUACAGAGAGAACAGGCUGUUUAUGGUACAAUGUGGUCUCGUUUAGGUUCAGGGGGUCUUUGCUAAAACUGAUAACACAGUGAUAACUCAGACGGAUUAUCAUUCUGUUCCUCGUACAGUCCUGUACAUGUAUGCGUCUGAUUUAAACAUUCGAAAAAGGGAUAUUCCUCAGAUGGCAAUAUUCAGAUGUCAGAUAUCUCCAUCUAACUUGCCAUUUGUUUGUCUUUGUGCGACUUCACUCGUGUCAGUGUCACUUUAUCCUCCCCUGGUUCCCUCAUCUCCCUCAACACAAGCCAACGUCUGAAGUGAUAAGAGAUGCAAAUGUAAAGAGAAAAAAAAAUCUAUAUCAAAGUAUUUUACUGGCCACAUCCCAUGUCCACCUGGACGGCAAUGUAUCCAUUCAUCAUGCUACAGCCACAGUGUUGUGUUUUAAAAAGUAAAGAAGGGAGAAAAAGAAAAGCAGACGUGUUUCAGAUUUGUUUCGUUUCUCUCUGAAUCCGAAGGCAGGACCUGUUAUUGAGUAUGUAAUGAAAUGCGGUGAUUACGUUGUUCUUUCUUUUGUUUUUGCAAAAUGUGAAUACAGUACAUACUGUAUAUGUACAACAAGAGAAUGUUAUGUGUUGUUCACACAAAAUAUGUUGAUGCUCAAAACGUGAAAAAAGGCCAACUCCAUUUGAAUUCCAGUUGAUAUGGUAAAAUCUCUAUGCUUAUGUUGAUGAAAAUUGUGUUUGAACAGGCCAAAACUAGAGAACUAGUUACAGUUUUUACCCCCCCCAGCACCCACCUGCCCCCUGCCCCCUGCCCCCAUCCCCUGCUAUGGCAGGAUACUAAACCACUGACCUUCUAAAGAAUGCCUGUGUAAAUUAAGUCUGUUUUUAUUGUUUUGUUUGUUUAUAACUGGGUGAACAAGUGUUUCUCUGUAAGCUGUAUUACAAUAAACAGUUUGUUUGA